CCGGCGCCGAGCGCGGGCAGGGCAGCCGUACCUCGGCAGCGGGCGGCACCGGGCUCUGCCGGAGCCGGCACCGCAGGGAGAGCCCCGCGCGGGCGCAGGAGGGGGCCGGGCGACGAGAGGUCCGCGGCAGCGACGGAGGCUCCCGGCUCCGGCUGCUGCCGGGCUCCCGGAAUGGGCCUCCGCGCGCUGAUGCUGUGGCUGCUGGCGGCGGCGGGGCUCGUGCGCGAGUCCCUGCAAGGAGAGUUCCAAAGGAAGCUGUACAAGGAGCUGCUGAAGAACUACAACCCUCUGGAACGACCAGUUGCGAAUGACUCCCAGCCGCUCACUGUCUAUUUCACUCUCAGCCUCAUGCAGAUCAUGGAUGUGGAUGAAAAGAAUCAAGUAUUAACAACAAACAUCUGGCUACAAAUGUACUGGACAGAUCAUUACUUACAGUGGAAUGUGUCUGAAUACCCUGGAGUGAAGAACGUCCGCUUUCCUGAUGGACUGAUUUGGAAGCCAGAUAUUCUUCUCUAUAACAGUGCUGAUGAAAGAUUUGAUGCUACAUUUCACACUAAUGUUUUAGUCAAUUCUUCGGGACAUUGCCAAUAUCUGCCACCAGGCAUAUUUAAAAGCUCGUGCUACAUAGAUGUGCGUUGGUUUCCAUUUGAUGUUCAGAAGUGUAACCUGAAGUUUGGCUCUUGGACAUACGGAGGCUGGUCCUUAGACUUACAAAUGCAAGAAGCAGAUAUAUCUGGCUAUAUUUCAAAUGGAGAGUGGGAUUUAGUAGGAAUUCCUGGGAAGAGAACUGAGAGCUUUUAUGAGUGCUGUAAAGAACCAUACCCAGAUAUAACAUUCACAGUAACUAUGAGACGCAGGACUCUCUACUAUGGACUCAACCUUCUUAUUCCCUGCGUACUGAUAUCAGCACUUGCCUUAUUAGUCUUUCUGCUUCCAGCAGACUCAGGAGAAAAGAUCUCACUAGGUAUAACAGUUUUAUUGUCUCUCACUGUCUUCAUGUUACUUGUAGCUGAAAUUAUGCCAGCAACAUCUGAUUCCGUGCCCUUAAUUGCUCAGUAUUUUGCCAGCACCAUGAUUAUUGUUGGCCUCUCUGUUGUUGUCACUGUUAUUGUUCUACAAUACCAUCAUCAUGAUCCAGAUGGGGGAAAAAUGCCUAAAUGGACAAGAGUCAUCCUUCUGAAUUGGUGUGCUUGGUUUCUGAGGAUGAAGAGACCAGGGGAAGAUAAAGUGCGUCCUGCCUGUCAACAUAAACAGCGGCGAUGCAGCCUGUCAAGCGUGGAGAUGAACACUGUGAGUGGUCAGCAAUGCAGUAAUGGGAAUAUGCUGUAUAUUGGGUUUCGAGGGCUGGAUGGGGUUCACUGCACACCCACCACUGAUUCAGGGGUGAUCUGUGGGAGGAUGACCUGUUCACCAACAGAAGAAGAAAAUCUUCUGCACAGUGGCCACCCCUCUGAAGGCGACCCGGAUUUGGCUAAGAUUCUGGAAGAGGUCAGAUACAUUGCAAACAGGUUCAGAGACCAGGAUGAAGAAGAAGCCAUUUGCAAUGAAUGGAAGUUUGCAGCUUCUGUAGUAGACCGGCUCUGCUUGAUGGCAUUUUCGGUCUUCACUAUCAUUUGUACAAUUGGUAUCUUAAUGUCAGCACCAAACUUUGUAGAGGCUGUUUCUAAAGAUUUUGCUUAACUUCUAACUAUGAUUUGAUUCUCUGAAAUAUCAUAUGUAGCAAAUAAGAGUGUAUUUUUUUGUUUGUUCGUUUGCUUGUUUUUAAUGAGCACACUGUAUCUCGUUGUCCUCUGUCUUUUGCCCUCCCCCCUACUCCCCUGACACCCCUCUGGCCCUGGGUUCCUUUCUAAAGGGCAGCACCCUUUCAGAAGGGGAGCCAGGGAUCCUUCCCCCUGGGCUGUGUGCUCAGCUCCUCCGAGCACCUUGCUGUGGGAGAUGCAAAGUGAGUGCAAGUCCAUUCAGAAUGAAAGGAUAGUGCUCGGGCAUCUUCUAUGCAUUUCAAACUGGCUAGUACAUAAAUUAAUAGGUAGGUAAUGCCAGAAACGUCGUUUCUUCCAGAAUUUGCUUUAAAAGAUAGAAGUUAGCCCUAUGUUUUGGAGAGGAUUAAAUCUGAAGGAAAGGAAACUCAAAUGACAGAGGGAAAAAAAAGAGUAAGAACACCUUGCUAUCUCUGGUUCUUAGUGAGUACAGACCUCGCAGCUCACUCACAACCAGACACAUUUUAAAUCCCUCAAUGCAUUUUGCAGUGAGCUUAUGUGAGUACAGAGGAUUCUGAUUUUUGCCUGAGACAUCAAAAAGAUGAAAGUCAAGAUGAAACAGCACAUAUCUUGUCCUUCUGUCACUUCCUGGACUUGACCUAGAAGCAUGGCCUGGAUUCUUAAAAAGGCUUCACAGUAAUUGCAGUGUUUAUUACAACUCCCUUCUCUCCAGAAAAACAUUCUUUCAACUAACGACUUCUGUCAGUUUUUACCCUUUACAAUGACAUAAAGAAAAUGAAGUAUUUAUGACGGCUUUACCUUCGUUUGUUAAAAAAAAUAAUAAAUUAUACACACUUGUCUCUUUACUUUUUCUGCAUUGAAAUCCAGUUAACAGUAACUGUCUUGUACAGGCUCAAAUGUAAUGACAGAUCCAAAGCAAAAAAAAAAAACAACAAAAAAACAACAAAUCAUUAAAUCAGCAGGUCCAGCUUUUCAUUUCAAUGUGAAACGUUUGAUCUGUUGCUUGCUUAGCCUUUUAUAGACCUCUUUUCAUUGAGACACCAUAACAUGUCCUAACAAGAAAACUGCAUCCUUUCUGCUCAGUUUAUCAUACAAAGAGCAUUAAUUAAUUAUAAAUAAUAUGUAUAAACUAUACAUAUAUCCCAGGAAAGAUUAAGUCUUAAAUACAAAUUCUUUUUAAUGAAUAGUGCAGAUAAUAUCAAGGUCUGAAACUGUGUGUAUAGAAUAGCUAAGAACCAGCCUCCUGCUAGUAUAGCAAUAUUCCUGACCAUGCUAUAAGUGGUAAAAGACACAGGCAAAAAUUACUUUAGCACUGACUGCUUGCUUUGUCCUGUAGAACCCUGGCUUUUUGGCUGAGGUUGACAAACACACAAAUGGAGGCCUGCUGUGGUACCAUGUUUUUUUACCAUGAGAUAAGAAACUUGAGGCAAGUCUAUCUCCCAAGGUGUAUUAAAAUAGUGACUGAAAUACGUGCACUCCAUAGAUGUCACUUUCUUUUCCAAGGCCUGCUUCCCUAACAGCAGAAAAAUCAAAUUGCAUGCCAAGCAAGCCCAGAGUCACUGCAGUCCUUCACCAGAGGUAACCUCUUGCUCAACCCUCCAUCGUGCCAUAUAAAAGGGCAGGAGAAGAGAAAAGUAGCAGAAUAUUUCUCAUGGUUUGUGCUUUGUCUUCAUGAAAAGUUCUUUCAGAAUCUCAUACUGCAAAGAUCUGAGUAAAGCAUUUGAGUCCUUCUUGGAAUCCUGUCUUGAAACUUUGAAAUUCUUGUGUGAAGAACUUAUUUUUUUCAGGAACAAUUAUUAAGAAUUAGCCACACAAUAACUCCUGCAGUAAUUUCUAGUUUGUAGAUUGCAUAUAAAUAGGAAAAUAUGAGCCCAGACUCUGAAAUGAAUUUUGUUCCUUUGUGAAUGACACAGUGUGACACAUACUGCUCUGCUGAGCAACAUUUCUAGAACAAGCUUCCUGAUACAAAUGUUGGUUAGCAUCUGUAUUUUUCUUUCUCUAAGUAACUCUAAGUAGCUAAAUAGAACGUUCCAUUCACAGUCUUUUUUUUUAAAGCUCUUGUUAGAUAAGGAUGUUUCAAAAAGAAAAGGUGUGUGGACGCGUGCAGUGGGAUGCAACUCCUGCGACCACACACCAUCUGACACACGUUCCACAGGAGGCAGGAGGAUAACCCUCUUUCCACUGGAAUCUAUUUACAUCUUCUGUAAAAGUGAUCUUGCUAAGUACAGGAGUUCUUUAAGGGAGAAGACAGAAAGUGAUUUAUGAACUGACAGUAAUUAACCUUGUUUAUUAAGAGCAGAUGCAUCUGCGCUUUAAAAUUGCAGACUGGUGACUGAGCUUUGUUGUAAUUCCUGCCCAAGUUUGUAUUUCGCACUGUCAGCAAAUACCAGGUGUUAGACAAACUACUUGUAAGACACCAGCAUCAUGCCUACCCUACUGCCUUUAACACUGGAAGGAGUAAUGAAGAUGCACCAAGGAGAAAAGUGAAUUCUAGUUUUCCCACCAUCAAUGCAACCCAAAAACAUUUGGUAAGAGCAUGGUUAUAAACCUUAAAUACAACAGUGACAGUCUUAUUUUGCACCUAUGAGUUCAUUUUUCAUAUAACUGAGCAGAGCAAAAUUGGUAUGUUUCUUGUGUGUGUCAAAUAUUUGUGUGCACUAAACAGUAUUUUGAUAUAAAUGCUGAGGAAAUGUUUAUAGUUCUGGACAUAGAGAUGGGAAUAAAUGCUGUAUACAGUAUGCUCAUAUAAUAUUAUAUAAGGAUCUGUUAUGAUUUUAAGAGUCCAGAAAAAGAGGAUAAGCAAGUGGUUCACCACAGCUAAGCUCUGACUCGUCUGACAAAUUGAAAAGCUCACUCCAGAGGUCAGCUGUCAUGUACAAUACUGUGUGAACAAUGUAUAUUACUUUUUCUGUUUUUAUAUUGAAUUGUAUUGAAUAUUUAAAAAAACUUUUUAAU